UCUAAAGAGGUGAUAUUUCACAAUGAGGAGUGCUGCAGCUUUUCUGGCGUUGCUGCUCUGUCUGUACUGGACGAGGGCUCAGGGUGAGAGUGGAGGGGUGACAGAGAAUGAUAUCACUCAGACAGAGGUUCAGUCUGAGAUCCUGGAUGUUAAAGCAACCAGUGAUCAGACUAACAUCACCCCUGAUAUCUGGGCUGAGCUGGAGGAGCUGAGAGACAUGGUGAUCCAACACAGUGUGGAACUGAGGAAGAUGGAGAAGCUGGAGCAAGAGAAUACAGCCAUACAGGCCAGACUGACAGCCAGUGAAAUCAAGAAUGCAGUUUUGGAGGCCAGAUUGAACACUGCUGAAAACGUGGUGGAGGAGCUCAAGAGGGAGAACACCGUGUUGGAGGCCAGAAUGAACAACUGUGAAAAAGUGGUGGAGGAGCUCAAGAGGGAGAACUCCGAUUUGAAGACCCGAUUGAACACUGCUGAAAACGUGGUGGAGGAGCUCAAGAGGGAGAACACCGUGUUGGAGGCCAGAAUGAGCUCCAAUGAGCUCCAGGUGGAGGAGCUCAAGAGAGAGAAUGCAGAACAACCAAAGGUGGCGUUUUCUGUCGGCCUUACUGACGCAGGAUAUGUUGGACCCUUCAAUACUGAAAUCACACUUAAGUUCAGUAAAAUUUUCACCAACAUCGGCCAGGCUUAUAGCCCAACUACAGGUGUCUUUACAGCCCCAGUCAGAGGAACCUACUACUUCAGAUUCACUGGGUUUGAAACACGGUCUUCAAAUUGGAUGGGUAUUUACCUGUAUCACAAUGACAAGAGAAUUACUAUCUCUGAUGAUAUAAAUGAUAGCCAUGGUUAUGUCAGUGUGUCUAAUGGAUUUGUUCUUCAACUGGAAAAGGGAGAUGUGAUCUACCUGGUUCUCCCCUCAGGCUACCUUGUUUAUGAUAGUGCCAAUAAUCGUACCACUUUUAGUGGAUUCCUACUUUUUGCUAUGUGA